AUGGCGGCGCCGGGAGGGACCGUGAGCGCCGCGGUGCGGGAGCACCUGCAGCAGCUGUGUCUGCACGAGUUCCCGUGCGGCGUGGGCAGCUGGAACAAGUCCCGCUUCCUUCCUCAAACUUGGCGAACAUGGAGGGGGCUGGUCCCCAGAGAGGAGGAGGCCGGGAGCCCCGAGGAGGAGACGGUGGAGGACCUGCUGGGCCUGGUCUGCAGCCCCCAGUCACCCUGGGCUCUGCCGGAGGGCUCCAGCGCUGAGGACCGGUUUCUGAGGGAGCUGGCCAUCCGGAACCCCCUGAUGCUCAAAGACACCUUCCUGUACUCCUACUUCAGGUCCCUCCAGGUGGUGGACAAGCAGGUGAGCCUGGUGGAUAAAGACCUGCUGAAAUUCCGAAGGCUGGAAGAGUUGGUUCUGAGUGCUAAUCAAAUCAAGGAGAUUGACGCCGUCAAUCUGCCCCCAACUCUCAAGGUGCUGGAGGUCUACGGCAACAGCAUCACCAGCAUGGAGUGUCUGUGCGCCCGGCCACCGCCCCGGCUCCAGCACUUGGGCUUAGGGCACAACAAGCUUCUGGGCCCCCUGCAAAGUCUGUACGUCACCUCUGAACACUGGCCCAACCUCGUGUCCCUGGACCUGAGCUUCAACGACCUGACGGACCUGCAGGGCAUGAUCGCCAGCCUCCGCACCCUGCAGUGCCUGCGGCUCCUGGUGCUGCAGGGCAACCCGCUGGCCCUGGUGCCCUACUACCGCGGCUUCACCAUCGACAGCCUGGCCCGGCUCUGCGUGCUGGACGACAUCACCGUGUCUUCCAGCGAGAAGCACCAGUUCCGGGGGCUCCGCCACAGUGGGGACUUCCUGGCGCACGAGGCGCAGCUCGUAGUGACGAUCGGAAAUGUCAGAGGGGUUCUGGACACCUCCAUCUUGGACCCAGAACCGGGGCCCCAGGGGCCUUUCACCAGCUACAGCUACUACGUGACCUAUGACUUCGUGGAGGACGAAGAGGGCGAAGGGCACGAAUACGGCGGGGUGCUGGCUGAGAUCGUCAAGCCCUCGCCCAGCGUGGAGCAGCUGGGCGAGGAGGUUCCUGAAGAGAUCACCGCCGUCACCCCUGCCGCCGAAGAGGCUGAGGACUCCGCUGAGUCUGUGCCCGCGACCACGUCCCAGUCCCCGUCCCAGUCCCAGUCGGCCGAGCUGGAGGAGUCCCUGGCCUCGGGCGGGUCGCCGUCGCCGUCCUUGCGCAGGUCCAUAGACUCUGCAGGGGAGCUGGCCAAGCUGCGGCCCAGGAUGGAUCCCCGGCUCUGCCCGUCCCCGGGCACCGUCCUCUUCAGCACUGUCCGCAAGCCCUGGGCUGACGUCAUGCCCUGCAACUACGAGAUGCAGCACACGCUCAGGGACCUGGUGCCCCUCAAGGCCUUCCUGCUGGCGGGGACCACCGUGACCAUCGUGGAGGAGAAGAUUCUCUCCUGGCCCGCGGUGCCGCCUCCUGUGGACAAUCCCUUGCCUGCCAAGAAGGGAAAGGGGGCGAAGGACGAGAAAGGGAAAGAGGAGAAAGAGACGAAGGCACAGAAGGGCGCCAAGAAGAAGAAAGAGGUUUCUAAGGACCUCCGCCAGGACCCGCCCGUCCUGCGGGUGUUGGGCAGCGGCUUGGUGGUCCUGGAGCCCCUGCUGGCCGGGGAGCCGCUUGUGUCCACCGUGUGCAACUUUGGGGUGAUCCGCACCUUGGAAUCCGACAGGAUGACAUUUCUCAGGGAGUCAAAGAACAAGAAAGCGAAGAAAGCUCUGGAGCCUGGGAAGUCCAGGAGCAAGAUGCCAACACUGCCAGCGGACGACAGCGACUACCGGCCGGAGCCCCUGACGGUGGAGGUGCGGGUCCAGCUGAACCAGUGCCGCUCCAAGGAGGAGGCGCUGCGGGCCGUCGUCGUGUAG